UUACUAAUGUUAGUAUCCUUCACGAACAGUAAAGUAGAAUAACCUUAUAAUUAGUUUUCAUAGUAUUUGUUUAGGUUCCUUAACUUUUGAUUAUACAAGGGAACUGACUAAAAUGCCUGAUUAUUUCUUUGGUUGGUCAUUGGUAUUCCUAAUUGAUUCGUCUCUUUCCACUGUGGUGUUUGUGAGGAGUCCACAGUUUACUUGUCCAUUACAUAUCUAUAAACCACUCAAUACACCGACUUGGUAUAAUAAUUCUUCUAUUCACAUAUGUAUGCGAUAUUCACUUUUUUCUUUUUCCAGUUUGUAUUGUUAGGUGCUGUUCCAUUUCCCAAAGACGUUCCACGAUUGAAGGCUCUUGGUGUAGGUGGAGUGGUUACCUUGAAUGAGCCAUACGAGACUUUGGUCCCAACAUCAUUAUAUCGAGAUCAUAACAUCAAGCACCUGGUAAUUCCUACAAGAGAUUAUCUGUUUGCUCCAUCAUAUGGGGUCAUUUGCCAAGCUGUCGAAUUCAUCCAUGGUAAUACAUUUUGCUGCAAAACCACAUAUGUUCACUGUAAAGCUGGCCGAGGCCGCAGCACCACAGUUGUACUCUGUUACUUGGUUAAAUACAAGAAUAUGACACCCGAGGCUGCAUACAAGCAUGUGAGGUCCAUCAGACCAAGGGUACUGUUGGCCUCAUCCCAGUGGAAGGCUGUUCAAGAUUACUAUUACAGAUUGAAGAAACCUGGGUAUGACAUUUGCAUGGAUAAUUCACCUCGUAGAACCUUAGGUAUUGCUGGGAAAGUCGACUUGGAAGCCUUUGACGAUAACUCUAUGGUGUUAAUAACAAAAUCUGACCUUGAUGGAUAUGAAGAAAGUGAUGAUUCCCAUGUUUUUUGCAAAUACAUAAUGGCAGACGUAAACCUAGCAUGCAGGGUACAGUUUGCCAGUCAAGCAGCCAUUUCUCGACUUUCUUGCUUGUGGCUUCGUUGCCAUGUGAGCCGGAAAGGAUCAAGAGAGAACAUGGAAAGCUGUAUGGGAAAUAAUCAGUUGGGGAACACUGGCGUUGAUAUUCGUGUUUAUUGAGAUGUCAUUUUCAUCACCUUGUUUUUGGUGUUCAAGUAUUAGAUGAGCAAGUAAUAAGAAUGGAUUAUGUAUACCCCUCUCUGAAAACCAGCUCAUCCUGAGAUGUUAUGGCUCAAGGAUUUUGAGCGCUUGUGGUUUUGGAAAGUGUACUGAUUAUAUAAAUUAUGCAAGGGGAAGUCACUUUGUGUACCGUGUUGUGGAAAGAAGCCUUAAUCCUUAUUUUCGACAAUUGUUACUUAUUACAAAGGGAAAAUAGUACCUGGGAUUAAAUGGUUUCA